AUGCAACAUUACCUUCAGAAUAUCGCCAGGAUAGCCCUCGCCAUCGAUUACAACGGAAAUGGAUAUCGCUCCCUGCUGCCUAUGGCUGUAAAAGAGCCUGCGGUGUUAAACGCAGCGCUCGCAGUCGCCGCCUCACACCACAGCCGCUGGCAGCGCAAGCCCGACACAGUGUCUCGAAAGUACCUCCGUGCCGCCUCCAAAGCACUCCGAGAGAGGUUCAUGUCCCCGAACAGUAUCCAUGAUCCCGUUACAUUGGCCUCAAUGUUGCUGCUAGUUUCUUUCGAGGUAUUCUCAGGCUCGAGUCGGUGGAAAGGAAAUUACGAUGCCAUCCGUGGCUGGAUCCGAUCUCGGGGUGACUGCUCCGACAUCGAACCAUUUUUGAAAACAUGGGUUUGUCUGAUCGACACCCAGACUGCUCUCAAUCUCGGCCAACCGGCGAUGCCAGAGUUAGAGUCCUGGCUAGAUGUGACGGCAGAACCGGCGAGUCAAGGAGAAUUCGUUGAUGCUCUCUUUGGCUGUUCAGCCAGGUUACCGAAGCUUAUGUGGGCUGCUUCUCGACUAUACGCAGCUUCGAAAGACAACCAGACUACCAUGCAUGAAUUACAGAGCCAAGUAGAUGCUCUACAAGCCCAGAUCCGCUCGACAGCCAUAAUCCUUGAUUCAAGCCCUCUAGUAAACAUCUCAUGUCGGAGAACCGCGCAACCCUUCGCGACUGUGGGGAUGGGACAGGAGGAGUUGCGCCGGAGGAUGGUCGCGACAGCAGAGAUAUUCCGACACUCCUCGCAUAUAUAUGUGCACCGUAUUCUUCACGGGCCCGAGGAGCCCCUCACAGAGGAAAUGCAGACAUCCCUCAACACCGCGCAGGAGCUACUGACCAUGGUCCCUGAUGCGCUUGGCCCUGGUGCGAACCUCGGUUGGUGUUUGGUUGUCAUCGGAGCUGAGAUGGACGGCGUUCAUGAGAGAAACUACGUCCAGUCUCGACUGGAUGGUUUGCACCUGCUGGGCAUACAUAAUACGAAGAAUGGUCAGAAGAUCCUCGAUGAGGUCUGGGCUCAUCGAGACCUUGUUACUAGUGGACAGGCAAUGCCGGAGAGAUGGCAGGAUACGAUGCAACGAAUUGGACAGUCGCAAAUCCUGGUCUGA